GCAGCGGUGCGCGCGCGGGUUGGGCGCGGACGGGCGGGACCUCUGCGGGACGGGACCGGGCAGGCGGCGGACGUAGGUAGCGGGUCUCAAAGGCUCCUCAGGUUCCUCACUGGGUUCCGGUGACAGGAUCGGCCCGGAGGGCUUAGUCCCUCGCCAUGGACUCGCAGAAAGAAGCUCUACAAAGAAUCAUCUCAACUCUGGCAAGUAAGAACGAUGAGAUUCAGAACUUUAUUGAUACACUAAAUCACACACUGAAAGGAGUUCAGGAAAAUUCUUCUAAUGUGCUUUCAGAAUUAGAUGAAGAGUUUGACAGUUUGUACUCUGUAUUAGAUGAUGUGAAGGAAAGUAUGGGCAGCAGCAUCAAGCAGGAGCAAGCUCGUAAAUCUCAGGAGUUACAGAGUCAGCUCAGUCAAUGUAACAAUGCCCUGGAAAACUCCGAAGAGCUGCUGGAAUUUGCAACCAGGUCACUGGAUAUAAAGGAGCCUGAAGAAUUCUCAAAGGCUGCCAGACAGAUCAAGGAUAGAGUCACAAUGGCUUCAGCCUUUCGCCUUUCUUUGAAACCAAAAGUCAGUGACAACAUGACACAUUUAAUGGUGGAUUUCUCUCAGGAAAGACAGAUGCUGCAAACUUUGAAGUUUUUACCAGUCCCAAAAGCUCCAGAGAUAGAUCCAGUAGAGUGUCUGGUGGCUGACAACUCUGUCACGGUAGCGUGGAGAAUGCCUGAAGAAGACAGUAAGAUUGACCAUUUCAUGAUGGAAUACAGGAAGACAAACUUCGAUGGGCUUCCGCGUGUGAAGGACGAGCGAUGCUGGGAAAUGAUUGAUAACAUCAAGGGUACUGAAUAUACGUUAGCAGGCUUAAAAUUUGAUUCAAAGUAUAUGAAUUUCAGAGUGCGAGCUUGCAACAAGGCUGUGGCUGGAGAGUAUUCCGAUCCAGUGACCCUAGAGACCAAAGCUCUUAACUUCAGUUUAGAUAACUCAUCAUCACAUUUGAACUUGAAAGUUGAAGAUUCCUGUGUAGAGUGGGAUCCUACUGGAGGAAAAGGCCAAGAAAGUAAAAUUAAAGGAAAAGAGAACAAGGGCAGAAGUGGUACACCAUCCCCAAAACGGACGUCUGUAGGUUCCAGGCCACCAGCAGUAAGAGGCAGCAGAGACCGCUUUACUGGGGAGUCAUACACAGUGCUAGGAGAUACCGCUAUUGAAAGUGGACAGCAUUAUUGGGAAGUCAAAGCCCAGAAGGAUUGUAAAUCCUACAGUGUGGGCGUAGCAUACAAAACUUUGGGAAAAUUUGACCAGUUAGGAAAGACAAACACCAGUUGGUGCAUCCAUGUCAACAGCUGGUUACAGAACACGUUUGCUGCCAAACAUAACAAUAAGGUCAAAGCUUUGGAUGUUCCUGUUCCUGAGAAAAUAGGUGUGUUUUGUGACUUUGAUGGAGGUCAGCUGUCUUUCUAUGAUGCACACUCAAAGCAGUUGCUAUAUUCCUUCAAGACAAAAUUUACUCAGCCAGUACUGCCUGGUUUCAUGGUCUGGUGUGGUGGGCUUUCUUUGAGUACUGGAAUGCAGGUUCCAAGUGCUGUGAGAACACUUCAGAAAAGUGAAAAUGGAAUGACCGGUUCCGCGAGCAGCCUGAACAAUGUCACUCAGUAACAGCUCCUCAGACUGUGUUUACCCUUCUUCUUUGGGUGGCCUUUCCACGCAGUUCCUAACGCAGACGUUUCGGAGUGGUGGGAAAGAGGCCUGCUAUGCUCUGCUUUAAAGCCUGGACUCUGCUAGACUAAGCACCAAAUAGGAAGCAGCCACAGGAGAGUACUUAGUGUCCCAGAAGCCAGCACCUACGGACUGUCGUUUGAGUAGUAAAUAGAAAAGGAGUGGUAUUGAAGAUUUAUGUAGAAACCCAUUUUUCCGUUUCUUGAGAUACUUUGGCUCGUCUAAUAUUAAUAGUUAUAUAUGGUGACCCAGGGCCUGGGCUGCAAAGCUCUUAAAGCUUCCUGUGUUCUUGUUUCUCCUCACCAGCUGUCAUUAAUUCCUUAACCUGACGCUUUCAGAACACAGGGUCCCAAGACCUCCUAGAAAUUCAGAUCACUGCUUUGGACGGCAGAGAAGUUUUCUUACAGCGGUUCCUUUCACCUUUUCUAAACGAGUUGGGCUUUUGACAGGUAACUUAUUUACUGACCAGAUUCAUACAAUUUUUUCCUCUAAAAUAUUGUGAUAAUUGUUCUUAUAACCCAAAAUAUCAAGCAGAUAGGAAGAAUUUAGACAGUGCAAAGGGAAUAUUAAUCACACCUUCUGCUCCUCCCUGUGCUCCUGGGGACCAUUUGAAAAGCCUGGCUUUCUGAUUUUGUUGUCUUCUUUAAUCCCACCUUUUAAAGCUACGUUUGAGAAAAUCUCCUCUUAAACUAGCACUGAUGAUAAUGUAAUUAUUGCUUAUUUUUACCCUUGCUAAUGAGAGUGGAAGUUUAUUGAUUAAGUUCUAUAAAGGGUAAAAAGCUGUACAUUACUAAUUUUUUGUCUGUGAAAGAUUAUAAAGAAAUAUUUCUAAAGUAUUCCUUUCUGGAAUAGUUUAUAAGUUAUUUUUACAAAGAUAUAGAAUAGUUUAACUAACUGUUUUGAAAAAACUACAUGUGUCUGAUUUAGUAUAAACGUUUUCAAAUAAUUAUUUGAAGAUUUUGGUGGGUUUUUUUUUUUUGUCUUUUUGUUUCACUCAUUCACUGUUUAAAAGUUUAUGAUUCUUCCACAAAUGAACACGCAUGUCUUCCCCGAGCCUACAUCUUCCCCGAAGGGACGUCAGCAAGUGCAGCUGUGGUUACCUAUUGCGGAGCUGCUUAAACUCGAGUUUCUCAAGCCAAAGUUGAAGCUGAAAUUAUAAAACUGCUUUCAGACAGCCCUUUAAAGAAGUGAAUAUUCGACUUUUAAUUUUUGAGACUUUAAAUCUCUUUUUGUUUUAAGUGUCUUGGGCUUUGGCAAACUUCCCUGGAGAAGUGUCUGUUGCUGCUUUCUGUGUGGUGUUUGUAUGGCAGUCAUAAGUAUUUGCUCUUAAGAUUUGCUGCUUAUUGGCAUGAUUGUUUUUGUUCUGUUGAUAAAACAAAUUUGACGUAGGAUACUAUUUUUCUCAUGUAACAGAUAUCUGCACUGUCAUCUGAUAACCCAAUGGCAGCUUUCCAGACUGAAACGAUUUACAGAGUGAAAUAUGCCAAUAUUCGUUUGGUUCCCUAAAGCAGUAUUUUAUUUUCAUUUCUCAUAGCUUGAAAGACAUUGUUCUACUACCAAUAGGAAUAUCAUUUCAUGACCUUAGGAAAGAGGAGUUGCUCCUUUUUGUAAAGUCAUACCUGAAAGCAGUAAUUGACUGGAAUUGCUUUGUGUGACUACUCAGUAUAUUUUGUCAAAAAUGACAUUAAGGACCAGCUGUUCUUACAUGGAACUUUUCUUUAUGAUAUUAUAUCUUCCAUAGUUGUCUUCUCAUUUAUACAGUGCCUUUUUCCUCUACACACACUCAUUGUCAACUGAAUUUAGGCCAGGCAGCUUGCACUUAGUGGUGAGCGCCUUCUGUUGAGGGCUGGAGGAGUGUGUGUGGUUCUUGGCCCAUCAUUUGAGACCUUUAUAUAAAAUUUCCACACAUGCAUUGGAAAAUGCGUGAUUUUUACUAAGUGGUUUUGUUUCUCAGUGUAUUUGUAGUACAAAGUAUAAAGUCAGUGAAUAAGAGUCCAAGAUCUUUUCACGUGAUAUUUGGUACUAAUUAUUCCUUCAUUACUUUCAAGUAACAGAUUUUUCUUCUGAGUCUUAUUGUCUCUUAUUUUAUAAAAAAAAAAAAAAUCUGUAGUACUUUAGUUUAAAAACCCUAAGUUUAUUAAGUUAAAAGGAAGUUUGUCACCCUUGUUUUUAAAUUAAAAAUAAUUGAAUAUAGUGCCUACUUAAAUCAUUUCAAAAUAAGGUAACUAUUAAUUGAUCAUAGUCUUUGACAUCCUCAUUAGCAUUAGAGGUAAAAACCGAGCUUUGCGCAGCUUAGCUGCUGUGGUCCAUCCGCCAGAGGUCCUCUCAUAACUCCCAGUGCGCUCUCGGCGCUCUUCCCUGCUUCUGUGUCUGCGUGCCCCGCUCAAUGCACAGACACAGGUGUGAAACUAUCUCAUAAAAACAUGUAGUAAGUAUUGUAUUUCUCUUUCAGCAGUUGAAUUACAGCCCAGGUUUAUUCAGCUGGAAGUAGACAGGAAGGAGCUGCCUUAAGCACUUUAGAAAAGAAUUCUGCUAUAAUUCACUGACCCAGCUGACUGUCACAUCACUUAAAGUUUGGUAAAUAUGUAAUACACCAAUCACUUCAUAACUAAUGCACAUAGAAAUGUAAUAUAUAGUGAUUCUCUGAAUGUUACAGGUAGAGGUUUUAAAGUAGUAUUAAGGGUUUGUCUGUGGGUUUGAUAGCAGCUCUGCCAUAGGACAGUGAACUGCUGGACAGCAGGUUUGCCCUUCUCCGUCCACUCUGAAAGCAGUCUGUUCUGAAGAUUCCGACUGACUUGCAGUCAGGGUCUCAUUUGUGGAAUAAAACCAUCAACAAUAUUAUGUAUAACCUGAACUUCCAAGAUCCUUGGUAUAAAUAAUAAAAGAAAAUGUUUAUAAUGAAAUAUUUUAAUUAGGUCAAGAUAUUCUAUUUCCUUAGAAUGAUUGAUUUUUCUCUAUAUAUCUUUUCCAAAAAAUUAUAACUAUUUAUGUAUUUGCAGUUGUUUCUUUCAAAAACAAUUUUAAAAAUUGGAAAGGGAUAUAUUUGGGAAGUGAUUACUCCAAAGAAUAUUAAUCUUAAAAGGAGACAGUAUAUACGUCUUACCACGAACAAUAUUCCUCUAGGCCACGGUGCCUCUUUAGCACAGCAGGCAGCGCGCCGGUCUCACGCCACUCUAGACGAAAAUGUGAGUGUUUCAGUCACGGCAUAUAAGCCGUAUAACAGUAAUUGAGUUUCUAUGCUAUGGCAUCAGUUUUAUUACUUUCUAUGCAGGUUUCCAAAGCUAGUAGAGUUUAAUUCACCAUAGCACCUCGCUCUGCUGUUUUUGAUGUUAUAGUCUUCAUCUAAAAAUAAUGUUUUGUUAAUAUGUCAUUACAAGUCUUAAAGAAAUACAUUCAUUGGGCUGGGAAGAUGGAUCACAGGAAAAGAGCUUGCUGCCAGGAAGAUGACUGAGUUUGUUCCCUGGGGCACACAAGUUUGGGGAGAAGCAACUCCUGUAAGUUGUCCUCUAAACUACACACACACACACACACACACACACACACACAAUGCACAUACAUAAUAUAACUUUUAAAAAUUCAAAGUAUAUUUGUUUUAGCUUGUAAAAAAACUAUCAAAUUAAUGAUAAAUCAUAAUACUACACUUUUAUAUUGUAACCAAAAGUCUGGAAAGUUUCUUUCCUGGUUUUGUUUUUACACUAUAUGCAGUCCUUAAGAGGUAAGCAUGAUUUACUUAGUAUCCAGGUCACCAUGAAGUUGUUCUUUUCAACCAGAUGUACCUUUUGUAGCUCAGCACUCAGAACUACAGUCAGUAAUAAAGCUUUUCCUACUGAAGAUCAUCACACCAACAUUACAUUGCAAUUGGUAUUUUUAGUUUUUUAUCUGUAUCUGAACAGUGUUCACACUUGUGAGUCUGAUGUCAGUAUUUGUUACCUAAGAGGUAUGAUUAACUUGAAUACCAUAGGAACUUUACUCCAGUUGGAAGUUAAGUAGAUUGCUCGUUGCUAUUGUUUGAAUUGAAAUGUUAUACAUGCCAUAUGAAUGUUAAGAAUAUCGGCUUAGUAAUCAAUACCAGAAAUUACCAUAGAACUUUUAUCUUGACUAUCCAACCAUAUUAAAAGAGUACUUUUUUCUGGGUUAAUAUAAUAUACAGACUUUGAUACAUCAUCAGUUAAGUUAUAUUUGUUUAAAAUUAUAUAUUUUCUUAAUAAUACUCAGUCAACUUAAGUUGGUGCUUAGGAAAAACUAUGUAGAGGAUUUACAGUAUGUAGGGCAGCGGUCAGUGAAUGUAUUUGCUUUGCUUGAAACUUUGAACCAAUUUUAAAAUAAAUCAAGUUGGAAGAGAUUGGUAAAAGGCAUUUUAAUAUUGGAACAUUUUGGAGAGCACAGAACUAUGAGAAAAAUGUCUCUUGAACAUUCUCAGUAUCUCUAAGGUACCAAAGGACUGAGUCUAAUUGAUCUUUUGACGGAGACUCUGUAAAAUCAAAUGCAUGACUGAUUCUAUUAAGACAUAAUAGCCAACGCUGGGAAAUAGCGCCAGGAAAAGCUGCUAGGCUUUAAGAUUUGUGACAUUAAGUAUUUAAAAUUAAUCACUAUAACUCUCCCAUACAGUAAUCUAUGAUCUUUUGUAAGUCACUCACCACUUUGGGUCUCUAUUGCCUUACUUAAAAUAUUGUGCAUUGUUUAGCCUACCUCACAGGGCUGUUGUGAGGCAUGUAAUGAUGUGGAGUCCUCUAGAGAGGGGGUGGUUUUCAUUAAUAAUGGCUGUAAGUGUUUGGAUACUUGUAAAUCCUGUUUACUUGGAAAAAGCAUGUUCUUAAGUUGGUGUUACCAGUGAUUUUUAAAUGAUUUUUUUUAAAGUAAGACUUCCUAUUAAAAUGUUCUUUACUAUUAAUUUGCUUUGUGCAUGACUGAGUCUGUGUACCUUUUCUCAACUAUGUACCUUCUACAGUUGUAAAAGUUCCUCCAUAGCAUCCAUGUGUAGAGUGGAAGCCUAAAUAAGCAAAUGACUUCAGCUCCUUUUCCAUCAGAAAUUUGCACUUUCAAUUAGGAUGGCCUGGUACUCCAUGCAGAGUGAAGUUGGCUGAAAUAACUCUUCUCCAACAACCAUAUGGUCCAGUUAUUUGUUACACUUGACAAAUUAUCGAAAAGCAUUUCAAAACCUGUUCAUUAGCGUAUAGCAGUUAUUCUCUGGACAUAAUUUGUGUUGCUCUAGAUUGGACGUAGUAAAUGGUUUACAAGUUACCCUACUCUACAGGAUGUUGGUAUGUCUGCUAUCUGGACAUGACUUUGCUAUGCAGUUGUGAUAAGAAAAAUUUGCAGUUCCUCAGGUUUAACCUUUAAGUUGUGGAUGAAGACCAUUAAUCAACUACACAUGAUAUACUCAGUGCUACAAGAGUGUUUGAAAUGAGCACACUGCCUCAUUUUCCUUAGAAACAAGACAAAGCCUUUUAAAUGCUGUUUUUAAACUUUAGAAUGAGUGUAAAGUCCAGUAACUUGUGUGUUGAAAUGAUUGUAUGUUCUGUAUAAAAUGUUCUACUUCAAGUUUUUACAAAAGCACCUGUAUUAUCCCUCUAAAAAUUAAACUUUUUCUUUGCCUUCUUU